AUAGAGAAGACAGUUCAAAUAGAGAAGAGGUACAUGGAGAUUGAGGAGUACAGUGUGAAACUUCGAUUGACUAUCAUCGACACUCCGGGGUACAAUGAUGCUCUAGACUGCUCAAACUGCUGGCAGCCGAUUGAUGAUUACAUUAUGCGACAGUUUGAUCAGUUCUUGCGAGACGAAAGUGGAUUGAACAGACGAAACAUUCAGGACAACAGGGUGCAUUGCUGCCUCUACUUUCUCAACCCCACUGCUAGGGGCUUGCAACAGAUGGAUGUGUUGUUUAUGUUGAAACUGCACCACAAGGUCAAUAUCGUUCCCAUCAUCGCCAAAGCAGACACACUCAACACCGACGAACUCAAACUGCUGAAAUCAAGGGUGCUGGAGGACAUCGAGAGGCAUGGUAUAAAAGUCUAUGAGGUGCCACAUUGUGACAGUGAUGAGGAGGAGGAAGUCAAGAUGAGGGAUGAAGAACUUCGUAGUCUUCUACCGUUUGCAGUGGUGGGCAGCAAUGGGGUUGUUGAGGUGGGAGGUAGAAAGGUGAAGGGUAGAAUUUAUCCGUGGGGGGUUGUUGAGGUUGAGAAUCCAAAACAUUCGGACUUCACCAAGCUGAGGCAGUUUCUUGUUAGCACACACAUGCAAGAUCUGAAGGAUGUGACUAGAGAGAUUCAUUACGAGAACUUCAGAGCCAACAAAAUUAAACAGGAUAACCUUCAUAACAAUAAGUCAGUUAUUGUUCAUGUUGAUGUAGUUGUUGCUGUGGUUGUUUUUGUUCAUUUUUGUAAAUAA